UAGCAGGAUGUUUCGAGCAUUCGGUGGUGUCGUGUUGGUCCUUUCCAGCGCCGUCAACUCAGUCUUGAGCUGGGGAAUGUGCAUCGCAAUGCGACCGUCGACUCGCGCAAAUUGCGACAGGCGCUGACCAGCUCUAAUGUUGUGCGAAGGGCCCUGACCACCCGACUAUCGCUUCUCCACGUGCGAUCCGCAAGGUCACGAACUAUUAUGCGUGCGGAGCGCCUGGGUUCAAGGGGGUUGUGUUUUGGGAUCCGCCAUGGAGGUGGUGAGGACAAGUCAGGGAUGCAGCCAGAGAAAGCCAAGCCAAGCCAUGCCCCGAGUCGCAGCCUCGUUGACUCUCCGGAGAGCACACGCCACAGUUCAUUCGCAAUCGCCAGCUCCCUCGCGCCAUCAAUAUACACUGCAUCAGCACAUCAUAUACUCGAAGCUUCGCAGAGAUCAUUUACCACUGCGUCGCCGGCCGAUCCCAUUCGAAUCUAUAAAGCAAGCACGUGCUCUCAUCCACUCGCCGACAUCACACGGACUGGCACGAGUCCGAGCGAGUCCGUGGAGAGAGCACAAGCAGACCUCUCUCCUACAGCUCCAGUCAACACGGCCGACCACAGCAUGACGAGGCCGGCGCGUGCAUGCACUUGCCAGGUCGACGAAGCCAAUGCGCCACUUAUACCGUCCCCGCGACCUAUGACUCGCUUCCAACCCUCCGAAGCAAGGCGCAUCUCGAGGCGCAGCACACUUCGACGAUACAAUACCGCCGCAGCUUACCAUCUCGAGCGCCUGUUCGGACCAUCGACGACUCCGGGCAACAAAACCAGCAAUUCGAGCGUGACAUCCCCCUCGCUUUUCCCCAGUCGCAGCUUGUUGCGAAAGCUGCCGCGAAGGAAUGGGCAGAUGAGCCGGAGCACGCCAAGCGGCCGCUCGCGUAUCGCCGCAGCUUCAUUUGGAGGGAUUUGGAGAGGAGACGACGACGAAAACAAGGGGGCGGAAGAGGCCAAGUCCGACGAGGAAUGCGAGGACUCAGAGGGUGCCGUCUUUCCCAGCAUUCCUGAUAAAAACCGAUAAUUGCUCCUUUGCGCCUGCACGAGGAAACGUCGCCGUCAUCGCUACUGUGCUGGAACUCGCUGAUUACCUCGAGGAGACGAUGGACAGCAUCAGAUCUGCUUCAAGAGUUGAUACAAGUUACAGAGCGAUCCCUAUGAUACAUCACCGCGCUCGAGACCUCGUAUCUCUUCGACUCUAUACCUUCU